AUGGCCCACCAACCCCCCGACCCACGCACCCUCACCAACUGGGAAGAUGCCUUCCAACACCCUCUCCCCGCCGUCCGGCACCUCGAACACCAGCUCCGCACCACAAUCUCCUCGAACCGCGAGAAACUGCGCUCCCUGGUCGGCGCCAGCUACCGCGACCUCCUCGGCACCGCCGAGCGCAUCGUCGAGAUGGAUCAGCAGAUGCAAGUCGUAGAGAACACGCUCGGUGGGAUCGGACGGAAGUGUAACGCGAGGGCUUUGGAGCGGACGGGGGAGAAUCGGGCGAGGAUGCGGGGGUCCUUGGUGGGGGAGCGGGAGGAGAGGUUGGGGGUGGUGGGGAUGACGAGGGUGUUGCAGAAUGCGGUUACGAUGGUGGUGAGGGUUGUGAGGGGCAAGGGGGAUGUGUUGGUGGCGGCGAAGUUGUUGGUGUUGGGGCGGUUGUUAUAUAGGCAGGUUGCGGGGAGUAGGCAGAAGCCGGCGGUGGUGGAGGAGUUGAGGGGGAGGCUGGGGACCACGAGGAAGAGGUUGCUGGGGUAUUUGGAGAGGGUUGUUGCGGGGACGGAGGGGGAUAAGAUGGUGCUGGCGAGGAGUUUGUGUGGGUAUGCUUUGAUCACGAGCUCGACGCCGAAGGAGGUGCUGCGGUAUUUUCUCCAGACGAGAUAUCAGCGGCUGGAGAGUAAGCUGGAAACGCCUACGACGGAGAGUAUGCUGCAGAUGCUUGAACUCUACAGCCAGACGUUACUUGACUGCCGCGACCUGUUCCCUCGACGGUUUGCGGAUGGUCUAGAACAGCUUGCAAAGGUCCCGCUGGUGCAGGAUGAGCAGGUGCGGUCUGUGGCUGAGCUCAACCUGGAUGUCUACGGAACAUUCAUUGCUCCCGAUAUUCGAACAUUCACGCCGUGGGUGCGGCACGAGCAAGUCACUGCCGCAGAAGUUGGUGACGCGCUUACGUCUUGGACCAGCCAGGCACAAGAGUGCGUGCUGGAAGGGCUACGGGAGUACCUGAAGGCUCAACCUGACGCGAGAGUCGUCUUCGACACGCGACAGAAGAUUAUCUCAAAGUACCUGUCGCUUGGUGGCAAGUUGAGGGGCCAGUCACAUUCCGAAGCGAUUGAAAGCAUACGUGCAGCCUUCUUGGAGAGGCUGCAGCAGCUUGCCAGUGAUGCCGGGGGCCUGAGAGGGUUGACCUUGAACGCGGCGGAUGUGUCGAGCCAGAAUGACGAUGUCGAGAGGGCCGGCAGUCUCUGGGGUCUGGCCACGGAAGACUUCGACCUCAGCCAUGGAGCGGCGAAGUUCCGGUCGGCUGUUUUGAACACUCGCCACGGUCGAGGUCCGCUUCUACAGGCAGAAACCCGCAAGCUCGAUGACUGGGUUGCGCGGAUACACUCAGUUCUGGACCUCGUAGAGGAGAUGCGGACGAGUAGAUGGGACACUGAUAUCGAUUUUGAUCUCGAGGAUCUGGAUGACCACGACGCUUUGCUCCGCCAGCUCAACAAAGGCGACGUCGAAGCUGUCAUAGCUCAUCUUCGAGAAGCAUGUGUUGGCAGUGUCGAGCAGACUACGCAAGAGAUCACAUCUUCGGGAGCGGAGACUAAGCACGCGACGUACUAUAUCCGACUAUGGAGGGAGAUCGAUCGACGGCAGCGCGCUUUGCAGCAACGACUUGACUUGCCUUUGACGAGACUGUCGCUGACUGAGCUCUACCGCAAUAUCGCCAAAUCGUUUGGGACGGAGCCACUCGAAAAUUACGCGGAAGCUGCGAAGAAGCACUCCCACGUCGCGGUGACGCUGUUCGAUGGAACACCAGCACUACCCCUUCAGCCCUCCCCAGCUACCUUUCGGUUUUUAGUCGCGCUGCAGAAGGCUCUAGCUGCUGUGGGGAGCGACGUAUGGAGCGGACAAGCGGUUGGUGAGCUGAAGGCUGUGCUGGCCGAAGAGCUUGGGGGAAGGCUGGCUGACGACGUUUUCACGAAGCCGAUGAAGACCGGUCUGACGAAUGGACAUGCUGAGAACCAUGAUGACAACGAUGGAGAUGACGAGAAUACGGCCGAUGGUGAGGACGAGCAGAAGAUCACCAACGGAGCGUCCGCAUGUAAAGACGAAGGACGAGAUCGUCUGCUGCAGAACUUUUACGAUGUGCAGUACUUACAUCGAGUCCUACGUCGUUCGCAGGAGGACGAGGAGAAUGGCCUCGCACGUCUCGCUAGCAGCUUACGGACGACUCUGGAGCUGGACGAUGCUGCCACGGAGCGUAUGGAGAAGAGCGCGAAUGAAUACUGGAAGCGGACGCAUUUGCUGUUUGGUCUGCUGGCUCCUGGUAGGGAAGGGAAGAAGUAUUGA